AUGGAGGUUUUUUAAUUGAAUAUUGCUCCAUCUGGUUAAUUUAGUCUAAUUUCAAAUUAUGGCAAUAAGGUGGUUGAUUGCAAUUUAUGGGUGAUCGAUAGAUACAGAACCUAUUCUAGUUAAGAAAACCUCUCAACUAAAAUAGAGCUGAAUUUAAAGAGCAUGCGUAUCUACAAGUUUUUAAAUCCUCCGAAAUCCAACAAGUUUUUUAAGGCUAUUAAAGGAUUUUAAUAUCUCAUAGCGAUCGAAAGGUCUUUAUUCCCAUUUUAACAAACUAUAUGA